UCAGUCCUGAGGGAGAGACGCACAGACGAAAUUAGGUUUUGGGAAUCUGGUUGGGGCGGAUUAUGAACACUUUUGGACACCAACCACCAAACCAGCAGACCAGCCCUAUUCAGCACCACAGCGCGCAGGAGCUCCUGGACAUGGCCGUGUACUGCGAUAACUACGGUGUGUACCAACAGAACCUGCACCACCAUCACCCUCAGAGGCCGCCGACGCACCCGUCCGGCUACGGCCUCGGAGAGUACACCUCCCCGUCCACGAACCCGUACCUGUGGCUGAACGGACCCAGCAUCAACUCCUCUCCGUAUCUGCCUGGGAACAACGGCACGUCCUACAUUCAGUCUGGAUACGGGUCGAACCAGAGGCAGUUCUUGCCGCCUCCAACUGGGUUUGGUGGAGCAGAUCUGGGCUGGCUGUCCAUAUCCAGCCAGCAGGAACUCUUCAAGAUGGUCAGACCACCUUACUCCUACUCAGCGCUGAUUGCCAUGGCCAUACAGAAUGCCCAAGACAAAAAGUUGACUCUGAGUCAGAUCUAUCAGUAUGUGGCUGACAACUUCCCUUUCUACAAGAAGAGCAAAGCUGGAUGGCAGAAUUCAAUCCGACACAACUUGUCACUGAAUGACUGCUUCAAGAAAGUGGCACGGGAUGAGGAUGACCCCGGUAAGGGGAACUACUGGACACUGGACCCCAACUGUGAGAAGAUGUUCGACAACGGGAACUUCAGGCGCAAGAGAAAAAGGAGGUCUGACAUUACCGGAGCUGACAGCACCGCUCUCCCCGUCAAGUCAGAAGACGGCCCGCACAAGCUCUCCGACACCGCCAGCAUCCUGAGCUCCUCCCCGCCCAGCCUGCACGGAUCCCCGGCCUCCACCGAGCCCAAGUCGUCCCCGCCACCCUCCGCGGAGCACAGCCCGUGUUACAGCAACUUCGUGUCCAGCGUGAACUCGCUGUUGGCGGGCAGCGAGGGCUCCCGGGGAGGCGGUGGUGGUGGGGAACGGGACUACGGCUCCGGGCAUCUCGGGGGACUGUCCCAGAGCAGAGAGGGCAUGUCAGGACUGGGCUCCUACUCGCCCAAUUUAAUCUCUCCUCUGAACUCUGACAACAACAGAAUGAACUACUACACAUCAGUACAGAGCCUCUCCAACCAUUUUAGUGUUAAUAACCUCAUAUACAGCCGGGAAGGAACAGAGGUGUAGCCUCACUGCUUGUCUCACUGUUAGCCUACUCUUACUACUUUUUACUCAUGUUCUGGUUCAGUAGGCCUCACUGUAAAAAUAGCACUGGAGAUAAACUGGUAUUUUUUAUCACAACCAUCCUUCCAAACUGGGGAAAUACAUUUUCAUGUAUUGAAAAGUAAUAUUUAUGGUUACCUCUCCAGUAUCCAUACAAGUAAAACAAAACAUUUUAUGUGUAGAAAAAAAAUAUAAAUUCACAAACCAGCCCACGGAAUAUAUUCUUGAACUGAUGGAUGCUUUUACUUAUUUUUUUUAUUUUUUAUUAUUGUAGCUGCUCCUUUGGGCCGGCUCCCUGUCUCAUUAAAGAAGACACAUGUACAGAAAUUAUUUUUCAUAAGAAGAUAUGACGUGUAUUUUAGACUUUGUUGUGUGUUUUAUUUAAACUCACGUUGAUGUUUGAAUAAAAGUCAUUUAUUUUA